GCGGGCUGGAGCGGAGACCAGGGAGCCCUCUGCGUCAGCUGCUGCUCACUGCGCCGCUCCAGUACCAGUCAGGACUCACCCGCAGCUCCAUGCUUGUGCCCGGCUCGACUCGUCCAUCCUCGGAGAAGAGCCCAUGAGGCUCCCAGUCCCCAGUGAGUGCCGCCCUGAAGGAUGUCCCAGCUCUCCUCCACCUUGAAGCGCUACACAGAAUCAGCCCGCUACACAGAUGCCCCUUACGCCAAAUCAGGCUAUGGCACCUACACUCCCUCUUCCUACGGGGCCAACCUGGCCGCCUCCUUCCUGGAGAAGGAGAAGCUCGGUUUCAAGCCGGGCCCCUCAACCAGCUUCCUCACCCGUCCCCGUACCUACGGCCCCCCAUCCAUCCUGGACUAUGACCGAGGCCGCCCCUUGCUGAGACCCGACAUCAUCGGAGGUGGUAAGCGGGCGGAGAGCCAGACUCGGGGCACUGAGCGGCCUUCAGGGAGUGGACUCAGCGGGGGCAGUGGAUUCCCUUACGGAGUGACCACCAGCUCCCUCAGCUACCUGCCCGUGAAUGCCCGCGACCAGGGGGUAACCCUGACCCAGAAGAAGUCGAAUAGUCAAUCGGACCUGGCCCGGGAUUUCUCCAGCCUCCGGACCUCAGAUAGCUACCGGCUAGACCCGGGGAACUUGGGCCGCAGCCCCAUGCUGGCCCGCACGCGCAAGGAGCUGUGCGCCCUGCAGGGGCUCUACCAGGCAGCCAGCCGCUCUGAGUACCUGGCCGACUACCUGGAGAACUAUGGUCGCAAGGGCAGCACGCCUCAGGUGCCCACCCAGGCCCCUCUCUCACGAGUCCCUGAAGUCCUCAGCCCCACCUACCGACCCAGUGGCCGUUACACUCCGUGGGAAAAGAGCAAGGGCCAGACCCCUGUAUCCAGCCGCUCCAGCUCCCCCGGGCGAGACACCAUGAACUCUAAGAGCGCCCAGGGUCUGGCUGGUCUUCGAAACCUUGGGAACACGUGCUUCAUGAACUCCAUCCUGCAGUGCCUGAGCAACACCCGGGAGCUGAGAGACUACUGCCUCCAGAGGCUCUACAUGCGGGACCUCAGCCACAGCAGCAGUGCACACACGGCCCUCAUGGAAGAGUUUGCAAAACUAAUCCAGACCAUAUGGACCUCAUCCCCCAAUGAUGUGGUGAGCCCCUCUGAGUUCAAGACCCAGAUCCAGAGAUACGCACCGCGCUUCGUCGGCUAUAAUCAGCAGGACGCUCAGGAGUUUCUUCGCUUCCUUCUGGAUGGGCUCCACAACGAGGUGAACCGGGUCACAGUGAGGCCCAAGUCCAGUCCCGAGGGCCUCGACCAUCUCCCUGAUGAUGAGAAAGGGCGCCAGAUGUGGAGGAAAUAUCUAGAACGGGAAGACAGUCGGAUCGGGGAUCUCUUUGUUGGGCAGCUGAAGAGCUCCCUGACGUGUACGGAUUGUGGUUACUGUUCUACAGUCUUUGACCCCUUCUGGGACCUCUCCCUGCCCAUUGCUAAGCGAGGUUAUCCCGAGGUGACUCUAAUGGAUUGCAUGAGGCUCUUCACCAAAGAGGAUGUGCUGGAUGGCGACGAGAAGCCAGUAAGUCACCUUCCAAGACAGCGAAAGCUCAUCUCCCAGAGCCCUCUCGGGGGCAGACUGGCACGGGAGCUGCUGGAUUUGGCUGUCGACCUCUCUGUGAGUCCUUGCCAGCCCUGUCUGUCGUGUUUUUCAGACGUGCUGUCGCUGCCGAGCCAGAAAACGCUGUAUAAAGAAGUUCUCCGUCCAGAGGUUCCCAAAGAUCUUGGUGCUCCAUCUGAAGCGGUUCUCGGAAUCCAGGAUACGAACCAGCAAGCUCACAACAUUUGUGAAUUUCCCACUAAGAGACCUGGACUUGCGAGAAUUUGCCUCAGAAAACAUCAACCAUGCUGUUUACAACCUGUACGCUGUGUCCAAUCACUCCGGAACCACCAUGGGCGGCCACUACACAGCCUACUGCCGGAGUCCCGUCACGGGCGAAUGGCACACUUUCAAUGACUCCAGCGUCUCCCCCAUGUCCUCCAGCCAAGUGCGCACCAGCGACGCCUACUUGCUCUUCUACGAGUUGGCCAGUCCGCCCUCCCGCAUGUAGCAGCCAGGAGCUACGUCCCGUCCGCCCUUCCCCGUGGUAGCCCCACACCCUGAGUUUUUUAAAAAGACAAAAAAAAAAAAAACAAAAAACAAAAACAAACCCUGACGUAUAAGAAAAAUAAAGGAAAAUGAAGCUGCCAGCAGGAGUUGCGGCAGCAUGGCCGGGAUCUGGAGGCGGGAGCCGGGCGCUCCGCAGCCGGCCUGGCAGGGAAGAUCCGCAGGACACAGACCCAGCGGGCGCGGCGCCCCUCGGCUGUUUGCAUUUGCACACCCGCAGCUCGUUCCUGUGUGUGAGAAACGGCAGCAUCUGUGGGGAGAAGACAGCACCUCGGCGCUGCGCGGCCGCGGCCUCCCGAGAAGACAGCGCCCUCUAGAGCCUGCGGGGAGGAUCGCCCCCGGGAGCGCCCCGCCUUCCUCACCUGGACCCCUGCUCACCGGUUCGGGAGCAAGGAAAACACCUGUGAGCCAAGAGCCCUCUUAACGCUGCUAACCCCAGGGGGACAGAUGAGGGGACAUCUUUGAAAAAAAGCUGUUUUUGGUUUUUAGAAGCCCAACUUUUUUAAAAAAUUACCAUAACUAAAGUUUUCAGACUGGAGAUGCUCUCCUUGACACCUCUUCACAGCUGGGACGUCGUGCUGGUCAUUUUUCUUUCUUUCCUUUUUUUUUUUUUUUUUUUUUUUUUUAAUUCUUCAAAUACAGAUUUUCUAGUGCUAGCCCCCAGUGGUGCUAGGUGGGAGUUGGCCAGACCCCAAACACAGCCACAGUAGAUCUGGGAUCUGACAAGUUUUUUGUUUGUUUUUUUAAUGUUUUGGAUGGAAUCUAGUUGCCUCCAAGAACUGUGCCUUAUAGCAUUUGGGGACCAGGGGGUGACUGCCCCUCCCUGAAAUAUCCCACAGCCUCUUCCCUUUUCCCCGGUGCCAUGUUCAGAGCCAUUGGAAAGCUCGGGGUCUUGCCCUCAGCCCCUGGCUCGUUUCGCAUCGCAGUGAGGUGAAGAGGAGAGUAGGUCAAAGAUUUCUGAUAGUGUUUCAAGUUCUGCCCACCUGCUUCCUCUAACCCGCCCCUGGUCUGCUCCCCAGCUGUUGGAAGGAUAGCACGAGCCCCCUACCCUCAAGCUUCUCCCCCCUUUAAUUUAUUCCCCCUUAACAAGCUCUCCUCCGCCUUCCUGCCCCAGCCCCCUUCUCAGAACCUCCUGGCAUAGGCCCUUUGGACCGAGUUUCUCAGGGAUGCCCAUGCCACCCCCCGGCUCCUCUUGGCAUCAGUCUGCAGUCCGGCCUGGGAGCUGGAGCCUGGGUGUUUGGGGACAUCUUGCCUCAAUUGUAUGAUUCUCUGCCAUGGGCGUGAUUGUGCCCUACACAGCUGGGCAAAACUCUGUGCUGUCCCAGGAGAGAAGCCCUUCAGCACCCAGGAACCGGGCUCUGGGCCUGGACCUCUCUGCACACCCACACAGCUGGGCCCUGCCUGUGUCCCUUGGAACCCAGGACUUUCCUGAGCUCCCAGGAGGCAUCCGGAAAAAAACACACCCUGAGUUUAACUGGCCUGACACGCUUCUCCAGGGAAGACCUGUGAACCUGAGCCAAAGGGCUGGGGUACACUUGUUUACUGUGUAAGCAAGAGUAGAAUGUGUGAUGUACAGUGGAACCUUGUACAGAAUAAAUAAUAGCUUUGAGAGAUGA